UCUCUCGCUUUCUUUCUCUCCCUCUCCCUCUCCUCAUAUCCACCGGCAACUGAGCAGGCUUCCUCACCAAGCCCGUGGAUCCCUUCACUUGACUAAUUAGCCUUGAAGUGCUGUUGAAGAUCAUCAUAUUUAGCUUAGUGACCUAGCGGCAGAGUGCAGACAGAUAUAGACUUGGCUGGCUGGAGGCAGAGUGCCUGGCAGCGGGCAAGCUCUCUAUCUCUCUCUAUUCACACUCACCGCCGAGGGCUUCUCAGUGGCGGAGCGGCGGAAGUGAGGGGCGUUUUUGCUUUGAAAGAGACGAGAAGGGGAAAAGAGAAAGAAGCGGAGCUGAGAUCACAACAAAACCUCAGAAUGGAAGUCCGCUGCAGGAGCAAAACCUCCUAGAGACAGAAACUGUGAGGUGGCAGCCGUUACUUUGCAGCAGCACUGCUUCCAACAAAAAGACAUAGAAGAUGAUGGACAGUCGCCUGUCAGCACAGGAGAGGACAAUGAGGAACCUUCCUGCAGACAGAGGCUUUCAGAAAACCAGCACCUACAUCGUGCCCUGCUUCCUCUUUGUGGAGCUGGUCAUCAUGGCAGGGACCGUUCUGUUGGCGUACUACUUUGAGUACACAGACACGUUCCCUGUGCACAUCCAGGGCUUCUUCUGCUUUGACAAAGCUUACUCCAAGCCGUACCCAGGACCAGAAGAAAACAGCAAGGCUCCACCUGUCCUCGUCUACUCUCUCGUCACCGCUAUACCCACUGUGACGAUUCUUAUCGGGGAGGUGACCAGUUUUUUUGUGAAGACAGAAGGCGCUCAGGAGAAGACCAUAGUGACGGCUGACUGCUGUUACUUCAACCCUCUCCUCCGUAGGAUCGUACGUUUUCUGGAACCUUUAAACCAGCUGCAGUGGUUUUAUUAUGCUGCUUUCCCUGCGGAUAAACCACUCAGCUGUUCAAAAAUCUCUGCAGAGUGCGGCCUCUUGUGCAUUUUAAAAAUGUACCUAAUUCAGUAUAUUACUGCUUUCCAGAUGUAUGUGACUCUGGUGUUCAGGACAAAAGGGACCCGCCUGAUGAAGCCCACAUUAUGCUUGGUGCUGCUGUCUCUGGCUGUGCUGGUUGGGGUGGUGAGGGUGACUGAACACAGGAACCACUGGAACGAUGUUCUGGCUGGAUUCGUAACGGGUGGUGCCAUUGCUGCCUUUCUGGUGUCAUGUGUGAUCAACAAUUUCAGGCCAACCCAGAUAGCAGCGCCGACUCCUCCACCUCCACAGCGCUCAGAGCCCCCCGUUGGGCUGCCUCUUCUCAGCCUGCCCCGCGUGGAGAGUCCACUUGAAAAGCUCCAGGGCUACCGUAUUCUGAGAUCACAUGACCAUCAGCCAAUCCCGUCCCCCGCCCCUCCCGAUGUGCUCCUCCCCUCACGACGUUGCCUCACCAGCGCAGUCUAGACCUGCCCACUGAGUGCCCCCCGCCCUGCCACGCCCACCCUGAAGGACGAAAGCCUCUCAGGCGAGUCAAAUCCACCCAGGUCUGAAGGUCCACCCGUCACAUGAGACAAACCAGCAAAAAUCACACACGGCGAGCCUGGCCAAAAUUCGCCAUCUGCUAAGGACCAGACGGAGACAGAGACCUGCCCUCCUUACCUUGCACUGUCCUGUUUGUCAUCCACGGUGGCCUACCUUCUCCUUUGGGUGAAAAAGACCCAUUUCAUGACUCGCCAAAGCCAGAGCUGUUAAAGCAAUACUGUUUCCUGCUUUCUUGUCCAGUUUUUCCACAAAGACUAUAAAGACUGUUGGCUGGUGAUGACUUGAUAUUUUAAAAACAACAACAACAACAAAAACAAUUAAAAAAACAACUCAGCAGCGCUGAGGGUUUGGGGAUCGAAGAAAAUCCCGGGCACAAGUGAAUUGCCCUCAAGACCAUUUUGUAACACUCAGGAUGAUUAAAUAGAAACAAGCAGAGGACAGGAAUAAGAACAAAGACCUUUAUAAUAAGAAUACAGGUACCAUCGAGAGUAUUAACAUUUUCUUUUAUCCUCAAAGUCAAUAAGAGAUGCUGUCAAAGAGAAAGCACUUUUGUAAAUUAUAGCACAGAUGAACCGACUCAGUGUUCACGAAACUGUGUUGUAUCCUAUUUUCUUUUAUUUUAUAUUGUGUGACGUGAUAGAAGAGAGAUUUAUACACACCACAGCUGUGCUCGUGAUGCCACGUGUUUUGUGGCAUCACUUAAUUCAUCCUCGAAGUGAACAGCAUUUGAUUUUCACCAACUUUCCAAAUAUCCUUAUUCCUUUCUAUUCAGGUGUGUGUUCUAAAUGUACUGUAGGAUUAAUCUCCAUCCUGUGAAACAUUAUGGAGAGCUCUGUGAUUUGACAUACUGCCUGUUCCAAUGUGAAAGUCUGUAAAAACAAAAUCCCUUUUGUCUGUUUCCCUCGUCCCCUUUUUUUAACACUUCCAUGCAUCGUCUUUUAUUCCAGAGUACAUUUAUCUAAAUACUGGACACCUGUAUGAUGUUUCCUACAUUUAUAUCAGCUGGUGUUUCCAAAACUAGUCUGUAAUAAGAGUGGUUAUGACAUCAGUUUGCUGCAGUUCAUGCAUCUGUCCUGUCUAGUUGUUCCUAGCUCCAUCAGUGUUUCCUCUCACCGAUUCUCUAACAGUGAUGGCACAGACCAGUGUGUAAGACAGAGGUAAGCCCUCUGAGCUGUGUAUAGUUUUGUACAGAAUAUAGUUUUUUUUUUUUUUACACAGUAUAUACCGCAUUAUGUUUUAUUGUGUGAAAAAUGUGAAGCUACCUGAAGCUGUCUUGUACGAACAUGAGUAGUAGCCUGAUCUAAAGCAGGAAUGUAGCGCAGUGGAGAAGUGUGUGAAAUCUAAAAGCAUAAAAUUGGGGUGUUUGGCUCACAACUUGCUUGCUUCUGCUCAGUUCAAAAGGACACUCCAGGGAGGGUAUACUACUCUACACACUGGGUUACAUAAAGAAGACGUUGUUAAGGUUUUAUUAAGCGUGUGUGUGUGUGUGCGUGCGUGUGCAUAUUUGUUUGUAUGUUUAUAAUGAGCACAUUGUAUGGCAGCAUAACUGUUAAUUUGGCAAUCUGUUUUCUUAAGUUAAACUGUCAAAAGUAGCUGCUAUAAUUACACACUUGCGCAUGUGUGUAACUGCAGGCCUUCAAAGGACCCCUGCCAAGGCUUCUUAACAAUGCCUGUUAUAGCAGGUGCUCAUUAUAGCUCUGUGAUUACCUACGGUGAAACUUUUCAGUCGGAAUUUUUUUUGUAAAUAACUGAAGAGAUAGAGAAUACCAUAACUGUCUAAAUAAUGUUAUUUUCAUGUUGAAAUGUCACUGUUUUGUAUUUAUUUACCAAAAUAAAUUACAAUUAU